GUAAACCUAUAAAUGGAUUUGUAGCACAAUGAGUUAUCCGAUUGGUUAAAAUAAUCAUGCGAUUUGAGUUCAAUGAAAAAGUUGUCCGUCUAUAUCAUCCUAGCAUUAUUAUAUUUUUUUUGCUUGAAAAAUGAGUUUGAUUCCGACAGCGGGGUUUCUAUCAUCUCCACAGAAGCAAAAAGAAUAAUAGUAUAUAAAGAUACCACCUUAUUUUUAUCCUUGACAGAUUCCUUCCCCACUCCUUUCUUUCCUCUUUAUAUAAUGUCGCAGCAUUCAUUGUCAUCUUCAUCAUCAUCAUCUAUCAAUACAGAAUCAUCAUCAUCAUCCACUAUAUUAAACGACGGUGCAUCAACUUGUUCAAAUAACUAUACUCUACACCAAGUACUUUCUAAUCCAAAGCUAUUAUGUGCAUUCGAAUGUUUCCUCAGACAGACUUGGUCUCAUGAAAAUUUAUUAUUCAUUGAAGCCAUGACACAGUUAAAGCAUGAGGAGUCACCAAAAGCAGUGGAAGCAUCCCUUCAUAGAAUCUAUAAAAACUUUUUAGCCAAGGGUUCACCACUCGAAUUGAACGUAACAACGCAAGACAAGGUCAGACAAGACAUACAGGCACUUCAAUGGGCUAUUGUCGAUCGUGUAGAUGCAGUCACUAUCUUGCAAGAAACAGAAGCACAAGUGAUGGAUAUGCUUAAACAGAAAUUGGCAGAGUUUAUCGAAACAAUGGAAGUACCAAUCGGUAAUAUCAGUCCAGCGAUGAUUAAACAUGAUCAAGUGCGUGUGGUCGUCGUCGGUGGUGGAUUUACGGGCUUUACUGUCGCUUCAAUUUUAGAUCAGAUGCCACGUUUUUAUGUGACGUUAAUUGAUACAAAAGAUUCAUUUGAAUACACCCCUGGUAUUGUCAAAAAGAUUGUCAAUCCAGACCAAAGUAGCUCACUUCGAGUGCGACAUGACGCCUAUGUCAAGAAUGGUCGAGUGAUCAUUGGAUAUGCAGAAGAACUCUGUGAUGAUGGAAAGAGCGUCAAAGUGAAUAAUGAAUUGAUUACUUUUGACUAUCUCGUUAUUGCCACAGGAAGCUCUUAUUCAUCUCAGCUUAAAUCUUCAGAUACCUCCUCUCUCUAUCGUAUGUCGGGCUUGGAAGAAUCCUAUCUUGAGCUACUCAAGGCACGCCGCGUGCUCAUCAUCGGCGGCGGGCUUGUUGGCUGUGAAUUAGCUUCCGAGAUAUCCCAACAGACCUUCCCUGGCGCUUACCCCAAAAAGCAUGUUACCCUUAUAGAUUCCCAUUCUAAUGUGGUCAACCGUAGCGACCCACGUCAACAGAAUAUGGCACGCAAGUACCUUGAAGAACUUGGUGUGGAAGUUGUAUGCAAUGAAAAGAUCAUUGACUUUGACUCGACGGGUGACAAUGUCUACUUGGGAUCAAGCGGACGUAUCUACAGUGGGUACGACAAGGUGUUUUUUGCGACAGGUACACGUCCCAAUACGGCCUUAUUCGCGAGCAGUACGAUUGACAGUUCUCUUGAUGACUGUUUGGACACCUGGGGCCGUAUUCGCGUGAAACCCACGCUUCAGAUUGAUCAUUGGAAGUAUGAGCAUAUCUUUGCAGGUGGUGAUGUGACAAACGUAGUUGAAGAAAAGACAGGUUAUGCGGCGACUAUCUCCGGUGUGUGCAUUGCACGUAAUAUCUGUCGUCUUGUCAAGGGUAAGACUCCUUUAAAGCAAGGCACAAAGGGCACUUUACCUGCACCUGAAAAGCCCUUGCAUGGUAUGCUAGAGCAUGGCGGUAUUGGAAAACGUAAGUAUUAUUAGAAAAAAAGAGACAAAAGGACCAACUUCUUUAUAUAGAAAAUUUAAACAUGAUCAAGAAA